UGAAGCGGUAACCUGCAGUUGAGGUUGUAGCGCGGCAAUAGAGGCCGGAGCAGAGUCAGUCUGCGCGAGUCUUGCGAGUGGUGAACAUCGCGUUCUCUGUCCGCUCGUCGGUUUCGUUCACUGUUCAAUUGAAACCAUCUUUUUUUCCACUCGUCUUUCGCUCUUCCACGCAUCGUUCGCUCCCAAAGCAAGAGAAUUUGUCGAACAGCGGUUUAGAGGGUCGAUUUUAUUUAAUCAAAAUAAAAAAUAAAAAAUAAAAAAGAAAAAUCGAGAAGACGAGAAGAGAAAUAGAUAAAUUCAUCCACAGGAAACAUUCCAGCACAGAUGGUCAGAGGAUCGUUGCCUGAUAUCGCAGUAACGAUGGCAUCGGGAAGAGAAAUUUACGGUGCAUUCAGCUUGAUCGUUGACGAUGUCGAUUCCCACUCGAUAUCAAGCGAGAACUCGGAUUUGGAUGGUUUAUCGAAUGAAACCAGUUCUCAGAACUCGUCUUCCCAAACGCCAUUGGACAGUCCAGGCGGACCUAGGGAAAAAAUCAAGCAGAUGCAAGUGGAAGCCGAAACUAGAAGAGGGGAAUUUGCGAGAUUACUCGAGGAACACGCUCAGGUAGUAAGAAAAUUAAAAAUGAUGGAAGCCGAGGAACAACUCUCGGCAACUGGAAACGUUGUUGGAGCCACGCACGCGUGAUUCCAUCGUUAACAAUCAUCGUAAAACAAUUGUGAGGAUUGGGACCACCGCGACUAUGCGAUAUACGCGCCGAUUCUUUAAGUGCGAAUUGGAAAUUUAACGGAAAGUGUUGUGUGGAUUUAAUAAAUAGUUUUGUGCGUUUAUUAAUAAAUAACGAUGAUUCAAAAUAGAACAAUGAGAAAUGUAAGAGGAAACUAUUUUUUAAACAAACGUAUAUUUCUAUAGUCUGAAAAUUAUUAUCUGUAUAAUUUCUAUAAGAUGAAAUUUGUUGAGAUUACUUUUUAAACAACGAUACAUUACCAAAAUGAGAUAGGAAAAAAUGUGCAAAUUAAAAACAAGAAAUCCUUGAUCACUGCUUAUUCGUAGGAAAUAUAAUUAGAAAUCUUACCACUAUGACGAAAAUCGCGUCACAAAUUGAUAGAUCUUUAAAUGUGAAACGAACUUUUUGCUUUUCUCUGUAAUUUUAUACAAAACGCUGUAGCGUUUGCAUGUUCGUUUCUAUUUCUUAAAACGAAUCUAAUAUUCGUAAGUGGUGUAGAUAUAUAAAAGUAGAAAUGAUCAAGCGAAAUUUGACAAAAUUUGUUGCUCAUUGCUCUAGAACAAUUUGGCAAAAAAAAUGUUCAAAAUUGACUAAUACGGGAACAUAUUCUCGAUUUGCGUUUAUCACGAAGUCUGAAAAACUUCUUCUUUAAGACAAUAAUAAAAAAAAAAAAACAUUCGGUAUACAUUCUUUAUAAUCUUGAAAUAAUCAGGAUUAAUGUAUCCGAUAUACAUACGCAGCAAAAAUGGCUGGCCUAAACGUGUAGUACAAACUUUCAAAAAAAAAAAGAACAAAAUAUAAUACUAACUAAAAUAACGAGAAGUUUCAGUUUUAGUACUGUUUUCAAUAAACCAUCAUUUUGUAGAACAUUUUUAUUUCCAAAGGAAAAUGUCGAAAUUAUAACUAUGUAGUAAAUAAAUAGUAAAUAAGUACAAGCUUCUACAUUUUAUAGCAUUGUAUAUUUAAGUGUUCCAUAUGUAUAAGUGAGUAAUUUUAUAUACCAUGGAAGCAUAUAUAGAUUCAUAUAAUAGCAUAGGAGUCUAAGCCUGCCGUAAUACACGUCAACUUUUUGUAAAUAGAAUUCUCUUUUAAUAUAAUGCAUCGUUUAAGAUGUUCAUCCACAAGAAGCCUUAUAAUAUAUGUAGUUACACAUUAAAAAAAAGAAAUCAUUAUUGAGAACCUUAUUUUGCGAUUGUUAUAACAUAUUAUAUAAGGUUCGCAUUAAAUACGGACCAAAUAAUCACGAGUAUGAUCUUUUUUGUCUCUAUGUGCACAUUGCGUCAGGUUUUUAUCGAUAUAAAUUAGGUAUUAUUAGGCAUUUAUAGAAAUAUGCAUAUAUACAUAUGUAUUAUAAAA